GUAUGGUGACCAGAUAUGGCAGAGUAAACCUGAGUGCCAAAAUAUCACCCAGAAUGUCUGCAAUCUCACUCAUGAGACUGAAAAUUUCACCGAACGUUAUCUUGCCGAAGUGAGAGCUCUGGUCCCCAACUGUUGCAUCUCCGACUGGUUCAUGUCCUUGAAAUUAUGUCCUCGUGAAAACAUUAAUAUUGAAAAUAUUGAUGUAAACUAUACACCCAGCAUUCGGUCCAUCAAGUUUGUUAUUCAGCCUCCUUACACACCUUUCAAGGAUAAAAAUAACUCUCCUCUGACCGUAGUGGACAUUUUCAAACAACUUGAUAUUAAGUACCAGUACGAAAUAAUAAUGUGCUGCACAAAGAAGUGGAAAAAAAUUGAAAACAAUGAAGAAUUUAUCAUCACUGACUUGGAUCCCAAUACGGAAUAUAAUGGAACGAUACACAUCCGACAUUCUGACAAAAUCAGCACAGCCUAUGUGUUUCGAGUAAAGACGUUAUCAGAUAACACUUGGCUGCCAUAUCUGUUUGGAAUGAUUGUAUUUAUAAUCAUAUUUACCUUUGGAACUGGAUUAUACAUCAUGUAUAAGUAUGUUAAACAACACACCAUGCAGCAGCCCGCAUCUUUGGAUUUCAAAAGUAUUUCCCGUUUCCAACCUCUCUUAUUAAAUGUGGAGCAUGCCCAGAGUCCUUAUGAUUUAUCCAAGAUAAUCCAACCAGGGGUAUGUUCAACCGAGUUUAGCCAUCACAUCCAGGGCAUGCGAGAAGACCAAAAAUUAUUCAAUCCAACAGUGACAUCUUACCAGCAACAAUCCAAAACGCUACCAUUCCAGCCUCUUGACCAACCCUUGAAUGGUCUUUCAGUUGGCUAUGCCCCACAAGUGAUCAAGAACGGCCAGUCGCGUAUCCUAGGAGACAAUCCUUCUACAUUAACGUAUGGAUUAUGCAUUGAAGGGGAGGGCCACAAGGCAAACCAAGGGAUUAAGUCUGAUACUUUUAUAAGCAAUGGACACUACAAAGCCCAGAGACCAGAAAGGACUAACAAAGAGUUGACCACAAUUCAUCAGAAGGAAGGGUUGGUGGUAGAAACCAUACCCCAGGAAAACUCAAAUGGUUCACCACAAGAAUCUCCAAGACUUCUGGGAGAAUGGAGACCUACCACAGUUUAUAGAAGUGGAGGAAGCUACAGAAAACAGGCAGAAGUGCUACCUUCCAGCUUAGAAGUUGGCCAAAAUGCUAUCUUGGAGGGAGAUGAUUCUCUAGUGUUAGCUGUCCCACCGCCGCCCUUGUUUCGACGUUCUUCUUGCAACAAUCUCCCUCAAGAACUCAGCACAGGACAACCUCCUGCCUUCUGUCUCUCAGCCUGGACUGAUAAUUUUCUACAUUCCAAUCCAUUUGGAUUCCAAAGCACAGACUGUCUAGCUCAAGAAAGCCAGGGAUUAAAAAGUGAGCCUCAGCCUUUUGAUAUUUCCCCAAAUAUCCUGGACCCUCAUCAACUCAAUGGACCUUUCCCCAGUUUUUUCAAUGACUUGGAGCUGAAGCUCCAGUGGGAUGGUGGCCCAGGGGAAGCAACUUCUUAAGCAAUACAAAGAUUUUGGGAAAUUCUUUCUACAAAAUGACAUGGAAAGCUGACACUUUUUUUCUUUUUUUGCAUUUUUUUUAUUUUCAUUAAACAGACAACAUAA